AUCCAUAAACUGUCAGACAGGCAAGCAAGCAACACAUCAAUUAAAUCGAAAAGCAAAAAAACCGAGCAUUUUAUUUUAAAAAUUUGUGAAAAAUGGAAAAUAAUAAUGCAAAUUUAAAUCCAGAUAAUUCAACCACGGAAAACCAGUCGAGUCCUGUUGUGCAAGCAGAUGAGACUGCAGAGACUUCGUUGUCUUUGCGACGCAGUCCACGGGUCAAGCGACCCAGGAUACCCUGUGGCUGUUGCACAACGGGCAUGCAUGUGCGUACCUUCACCAACAUUAUGGGACGUCGCCCGUUACACACGCCAAGCGCAACUGCAGCUCAACGAUCGGUGAAGCGCAAACGAGUGUCACGGAUUAAUCCAACAACUCCAGCUGAAACUGGAGCUGAAGCUGAAGCUAUUGAGCGUCCUUCGACUCAGACUCCACGUGACCGCAACAAUGUUGGCGUCUCAAAAAGAUUGGGCAGCAUUGGGCGCCGUCGUCCGAUCUUUGCAGCAGCAACUGGGAGAAGAGUCGAGGAAUGCGGCGAGAUCUCUUUUGAGGCAACGCCAACACAAACGAGUGGCAACAGCAAUAAUAGCGGCGAGUUACCCUCGGUGCAAGUUUUGCCAACAAAGCGUCUGUGCUUACCCCCAAUUCCAACAGAUGUCGCAGAAGAUGUGGAAGUUGCCACGACUGCACUUGGCCCACGAUCUGCUCAAAGCGUAUCCCUUAACAUGAAUUUGACAGUAAACAUUUUUUCUGCAUUUAGAAAUGCAGCAACACAAACUGCAAUCGAUAACAAUCAAUCAACACCAAUUGAUGCCGUCGACUUGCAGGAAAAUGCAGACACUCAAGCCACUGCAAAUACUUCAGCUGUGGAAGACAAGAAAAACGACACGUUUCUUAUACCUUUUGCAGAAAUCAAAUCGGAACCUGAAUCGCAAGCACCUUCCGUAUUCGGUGAUGAAGAUAGCAAUACAAUUGUUAAUUCAACGCUGCUAUCUACAUGUAAAGAGGAAUCUUUUACGCUUCCUCGACCCAAGGAAUAUUAUCGACAGAAUCCGCCAUCACUUGAGCAAUCCAGCUCUGACGAAGAGGAUGAAGCGGAUGAAGAGGAUGAAGAGGAUGAAGAGGACAAAGAAGAUGAAGAGAAUGCAGAAAAGAGUCCCGAAUCAACGAGUGCUUGCGUCAUAAUAUAAACAAAAAUAUAUUCUUAUUAUUAUAUGAUCUAUUUUAAAAUCGUUAUCGAGUUGGAUUUGAAUAAAGCAAGCAUAAAUGAAGCAUUCGCACGUUUUGCAUUUAAAAUUGAAGUAAAAGUAUUUUGUGGAAUUUAUAUACAACUAAUUCCCAGAGAAAUGAAGUGGGAAGAAGUGGCAACAAAAACAACAAAAUGCCUGUAAGUUUUCAUGCACACAGCCGGGCGUGGAGGAACACAAACAGCAAAACCAACUAAGAACAACAACAAAUGGCAGAAAACUUCAGCUGACAAGACAACAAGGGCAACAAGAGGCUAGCAGCAACACAACAACAACACAACAACAAAACAACAACAGCGGACAAACUGACGGAGAGAGCUAAAAAGGAUGCCACCAAAGGAAGCAAACGUUGCGUUGGCUGCUGAUGGACAAGAAGAACAGCAGCAAUCGCAAGGGCAACUGCUGCUGCCAUGUUAGAGGCACGCAGCGAGACGGUUACAGCAUGGCAAACAUGGAUGAGAACGAAUUGCAACGCUAUGAGAGAGAGAUAGAGAGAGAGAGAGACAAGAGCUGGGAUGGUCCCAAGGAAUACGACGGGAAAGUAGGUCUGGUAAAGUUCUACAACUAAUCCUGACUGAUGUUGCGACAAUAUAUAGAAAAGCACAACAUAUGCUACAACCGUUUCGCAGCUACGCUUUGCUGCUUCCUGGCAUCCUUCUCUAGCCAUGAUAUUCUCUCCUCUUCUACCCCUCUUCACUUUACUCUCUUGGCUGUUGUUUGCCAUUUGUGCCAAAGAUUUAUGCGUUGGCGCAAAACUUGCAUUUCAAAUGCAAUUCAACUAACGAAAAAAACAAAACUAUGAGACGACGACGAAUGCGCAACUGCAGCAAAGGUCACAAAACUAUAGCGAGGACAUUUUGUAGCAGCUAAUUGAAAUAAUGAAAUAGCACUUAAAUCUAAACCCUCGAGGAAACUUCAAAAGUUGUUUCAAGUUUGAGAAACAAAUAGGGCAAAUAAUAAUGGAAUAUAUGAUGGAAAUUCCACAUUGAGAAAUAA